GAAAAACUCCAAAACCUACAGACAGUGCCGGACAAUGGAUCGUCGUUUAUCGCUGGCAUUGUUUAACUUAUCUAUAUCUGUACCAAAAAUCAAGUUGCGAGGAAAUACCAUCAUUAAAAAUUCAAAUCACCAACAAUCCUUGCUCAACAUCUAAUUAAAGUUGUUUAACAUUCAACAGGAAAUGCAAUAAUUGCGGAAGAUUUAACAGCAAAUGCAAUAUUUGAUUAAACACUUUUCUAGUUUAUCCAACUCUUAUUGUUGACUGUUAGCUGACGGCCUUCAAGAGGUCGCUUUCUAUUGAAACAGGAUUGAAUUAAUCGCAUACAUUUGACUGACUCUCGUUUGGUCUCGCAUUUGUGCUCCGGUGACUUUUUUCUAUGUUUUAGUUCUAAUAACAGCAAAUCUAUACAUAAUUCACAUUUUUAAAUCCCAAUUUUAUUUUAAACAUCAACCGUCCUUAAAAAAAAAGAUACAAUUCUAACGUCAACGGAAAAAGACCGCAUCGCAGCCCACAGUGCUCCGUGGUUGUUUGCGCCUGAAUCCGUGGCUAUCGCGCAAGAACCAAAACAUAAACCAAAGUUAUCCCUCGCCCCUUCCCCCCUUCCUUCGCACGCUGUAAAGUGUCCUGUCAACGGGGCAGGUGGAGAAGAAAAAAAAAACGACACAAGCAGCACAAUUAGAUCAAUAGAAAUCGCGACAACGCGAGUUUUGCCCGAGAAGGCACCGCGCACAGUUCCGUUGCCGUACGCAACACUCCUACUGGCGUUCCGAAAUCAGUUCAAAGCUGUACCACUACCUACCUCACAGCUGCGCCCGCAGCAGGACAUCACUCCGCACCGGACACAUGAAUCCUUGGCGUGGUUAAAUACGACCGUAGUGUGUGUGUGCAAAAUGGUAAUUAAAUAAUUGCGACAGGAUGGCGCUUGACCUAGAUCCCCAGCCAGGAGCCGUAGCAGCAGCAGCAGCAGCAGCAGCAGUGCCAGAUUGCCAGUAUUGAUCGUCGGAGUGCCAUCCCGGGGCAACGGUACGGCCGCCCAGUGUCGGUGCAAAAUGAUACCCUGGAUGCGUGAAAAGUUUGCCGAACGGCGUUCCCGCUGGCAGCAAUCGCGCAAGUCCGCGACGCAACCACGCGGUCCCGGCGACGGCACGUCCAGCUGCAGUUCGGCCUCGUCCAGCACCGGUCCGGAACCGUCAUCCUCCGGCACGACGACACCCGGUACGAACGUUUCGCCCGUGCACCAGCCGGUGGCAGCCGCUGCUGGUGUUGCUUCUACUACUGCCACCCCAUCACGUCACCACGGCCACAAGCAUCGCCACGGGCAACGUACGUCGAAGGGGCCGCAUCACCAUCACCUAUCGCAGCAACCGUCGCCGUCGACCAGCGGAACAUGGCGCUCGAGAUCAUCCCGCAGGGAAACGCACGAGAACGGUGGAGGCGGUGGCCCAUCCGCACCGCCGUCCGUUGCGCUGCGCAUUAUCAGCCCGCGGGGUGGCAUGGUCGAUGUGGAGGUGGCCCGCACCCUCACCGGCCGGCAGCUGAAGAUGUACGCGCUGGAAAAGUUCGCCAGCAAUGCCUUUACGAUGCCUCACUUUUCGUCCGACCUGGACGAGCUGGCCGAUCGGUACCGGUUGAUACGGUCGCACAAUCGGCGCAUCUUUCGCGACGACGAUCUGCUCGGUGACGCCGUGCACGAUGAAGAGGAAUUCCUGCUCGUCGCGAAGCGCAUCGAUGCGACGCCGGCCGACGAAAGCCUGAAAGGUCCCUCGCCGGCGGAAAUAUUGGCCGCAACGCGCCACAUACCGCUGUCCCGCAUAAAUCAAGCUUCCGUUAACUUCAAUCUAGGCAUGCUGCAAUCGGACCUGCAACAGGACCUUCGGCGCAUCAUGAUAUCGCUGUCCCGGGCGUCCGCCUACGUGCACGGGACGGGCCCGUGUGCCGAGAAGCUGAUCGCCCUGUUCCAGCAGCGGCUCAUCAACCGGAAACGGCACCAGAUCAGCUCGGUCGAAACGCUGCUCGAGAUGGGAUUUUCGCUGGACAAAAUCAAUCAGGCCUUACAAAUUACCAAGAAUGUGUUCCCGGCGGCACUGGACUGGCUGAUACAGAAUGAUAGUACGGCGCGAUUGUUUAACUGUGAUAAGAGCGCAGCAAUUGCGUGCUCGUCCGCUGCAACGAUGAAUCAAAUUCAAGGUGCAAGCUCGCCGGCUAACGAAUCGCCCAGCGGUGUUCCGCCCACUGGCAGCGGCCUUCACCGUGGACGGAAACGUUCGAACGCCGGCAGUGAUAGCAGAUCCGCCUCUACACCGUCGUCCGUCGGGAACUCGCUGGACGAGGAAGAGGAGGCGUUCGAGGCGGUCGACGACAACGAAGAGGCAGCGAAUGUGAGCGAUCCUUUUACGAUAAAGCGUGAAAACGUGGCCGCCUUGCUGGAAAUCGUGCGCUUGUACUCGGAGAAAACGGUCGUUCCUGUACCGGAGCUGGUGAGCUCCAUCGCCGAGAUGGGCUUCGAGGAGGAAAACGUACGCGAAGCGCUAAUAGCUACACAAAACAAUCAAACGGCAGCGUGUGAAUGGUUGCUAGGAAACCGGACCAAAAGUGUGCAGGGGUUGUGCGAUGGCUUGCCGCCGGAAUCGCCAAUCCUGCGUGUCCUGAUGGGUUCACCGCAAGUACAAAUUAGUCUAGGAAACCCGAAAAUGUUUAUCGCGCUGAUCUCCAUGCUGGACAACUCUUCCACGAUGAGCAUGUGGCUGAGCGAUAACGAUACGUCGUCGGUGCUGGGACACAUACUGCGCACGUACCACGAGGAGAAGCACAUCGUCGCCAUCAAUCAGUUUAACAAUGCGCAGGGAAGCGCGAGCAGUAACCAGCAGUAGUAGCAGUAGCAGAAUUAGCAGUCGAAAUGAAACCAAAAAUUCGCUGCGAUAAAAGUUUGUGGUUUGAAGGCAGAUGGAUGAAAGGUUCUCGUGCAACAUGGUCAAUAUACCCCCACAUAAGUCUUUCGUACAAAAUAUAAAAUGCCUGGUAAGAUGUGUAUAAAUGUAUGAUGCGCUGGAAGAGAGCACUAGAAAGGGAAGGUCACACCUUUUAGGCGUUAGAGUAAGAAAGCGCGUGGAGGCAAACGGCGACAAGCUCUUCUUCUGCUAGAGCCUUGAUUGCGAACUGUUGCUUUGCUGCUUCACCACACCAAACAACCCCCUUUUAUGGACAACGAGCAAUUA